AUGAUACCAUAUACUUCGUAUAUGUUGUCACGCAAUCCAUAUACCUGCCUUAUCUACAUAUACUCAUCUUUGACAUGUGUCAAACAUUUAUUUUUUCAGGACUUCUCGGGGAAGACAAGAGAUUUUUCAAAUGAAGAUACAGAUCCGUUGUCUAAUGAGAAACUCAUAGAUUUAGGUCUCGAAGAAAGAGAAGCUGCCACAGCUAAUCUUAAGGGCAUUAGACGUCUUGUGUUAAGUCCUGCCUCAUUGAUUUCCAAAGGGAUAUAUAGUACUCAGUCUUUCCAGAUGGAUGAAGAGGAAGGCUUUGGAAGGUCUCUUAUUGUUAUUGAUAUUACUAGUAUAGUAGUAUGACAUUCAUUUACUUUAAAUCUUCGUUUUUGGCUUAAGCUGAUUAUCUUCCACAUCUCAA